AUAUAAGCGGCUAGGGAAGCUGCCAGGUGCCGGCUGCAGAGUGGCCAUCUGGAAGGGCUGCGGCUGCCGAGCAGGAGCAGCAGGACGCGAGGCCGGCCGGACCCACGGACACGCUGACCGCAGCCGAGGUCGCCGCCGCCCGCAAGCAUGGAAGCCGUCCAGGAGCUGCUGCCUCUGGCCCGGGAGAUGCUUGCGGCGCGGCCCAGGAGCAAGCUGGUGAAGCUCUACGUGCUGGGCGGCGUGCUGGCGCUCGUGGGCGCCGUCAUCGGCCUGGUGGAGACCGUGUGCAGCCCCUUCGCCGCCGCCAGCCGCCUGCGGGACCAGGAGGCGGCGGCCGCCGAGCUGCGGGCCGCUCGCGAGCGACGGGCGCUGCCAGAGAAGGGCAAGCAGCCGGCGGCCGUGCUCUGCGGCCGGGCCCUCUCCAACCGGCUGCACGCCUCGUAGGCACCGCAAGGAGCCAGAGAGAGAGACACGCAGAGAGCCUGUGGCCAGAGGCGAGAGCGGAGCCAGGCGCUGCCUGGACUGACUUCCAAGAAGCCGGUGACACCUAGAACUGACCUGGCACGCGCGGAUGCCCCGAGAGGAGUUCGGGUGGAGUCUGGCUGCUGUGCAGCACUGCCUUGUGAUGGCAAGUCCCAAACUGUGUCGCUUGGAGCUGAGUGCACUCACCAUUGUGCGCGAGGGAGGAAAGAGAUGCUUUUUAUACUAUUAUUGUUGUUGUUGUUGUUGUUGUAUUACAGUGACCACCAUUUUGCAUUUUGAAAUAAAAAAACGUUUUAUACUGUU